AAAAACGCGUUUUGAAGCUAGUCGAGUGGUUUUCUGGUCACUGUCGUGCUAUAAAGAGCUAAAACUUACCACAAACCGGUUUACAGGUCGUACACUUGGCGGCCUUCUGAUCCAGAUGCAAAAUAUCAGCUUGCGAAGUUCGGGCAUGCGCAGAAAGCAAAAUUUCGACAUAGUUUUUGGGUUUAAAAGUGACACAGCAGUCUUGACUUUUACUUUUCGCUUUCUCUCCUGCCUUCUUUUUUCGCUUUUCUUGCCUCAUUUUUUUUUUCUCUUGCUGGGCAUUUAGUAGGCUUCAUUUUGGUGGGAAGAGUUUUUAGGAAAGCUUUUAGGAUCUUAGGAUUAGGUGAAAGGAAAGGUAGGUGGAUAAUGGAACAAGAUUUUCAUGGAGAUUUUCAGGUCCUUGUCACAUGGUUUUUUGCUUGUUUCUCCGGUGUCCUUGACUAAAUUGUGCUCAUUCUGGUAUGGUUUGAAAGAUCUCUUCACUCUGCACAAGUUAGCGAAGAAAGUUGCCCUUGACCGUUAAAACUGAUGACGUCACAAAGGGUAGAAAGGACCUGGAUACGCACGGGCGGUUACGGGCGGUUCAGGGGCGAAUGGGUUAAUCACGAUAAAAAAGCCUAUUUACAAAUAGUGAUUAUAAUAAAAGGUUCUUAAAAAUUCUUAAGAUCUAAAAAAUUGAGACAUGUUAAAAACGGAAGUAAAUACAUUGGUAAAAAAAGGAACCAGUCUACAAUGGUAUUAAAGAAAAAGCACGGAUUUAUAUAAAUCAGAAUAACUUUUUUGUCCACCGUAACUUUUAGUCAAAAUUGUCCAACCAUCCGAGAAAAUUUGGUAAUUUGUAUGUUUUCUCACACUUUCUAGUUUGUUUCAAAUGAUCGCCAAUGAUUCAUAUGAAAUAUGUUGUGUUUAUGUCACUAUGGCCCCGCACUGUCAAGAUUUUGAUUUCAAACUGACCUCGGAAAAAAUUCAGUUAUUAGUCAACUUGUGAUGUUUUUAACUGUCUUUUUCCACUGGAUGUGUUGUCUUCACUAAGCUAAAGGAGUUUGGUUGGUUCUAAGAACAUCGCUUAACAUAGAAAUGUCCCACGAUCAAACGCUUUAUAAGAUUACACAUCGUUAUAGCUGGAACCAUUAAAUAACAAAAAGUAAUGAUAAUAAAUUCGCAUUUAUUCAAACACUUCUUUAAAUUUUUGAACGGUUUCGCUAAAAGCCCACGAUAGUGGAAUAAAAGAUUUGUUGGCAAGGAUUUGAAAAAAAAAUGCGGCCUGAUUUGUUUUCCAAGAAUUUGUUUUCGAGGCCUAAUCUACCGUGAUCAAGAGCCAUUAUGGCUCUUGAAUGUGAUAGAAGAUGUUUGCCAUUUUUUGGGUGUACAUUGUCACAUGAAUGAGCCCUUCAGUUCUGCUUCAGUUCUGGGUUUUGGUAAGCGGUAUAAUGUUUUUGUUCUGGUAGAGUACUUGUGUUCAAACGGAGUGAGUCCAAGGUUGUAAUUAAGUAUUCCGGUGCGCUAUUAUCAAUAACUUUCUUUAAAAGGCUGAGUUUAUUUAGCUUGAAUAGUUGAUCAACUGGUAGCCACUUACGCUUUUGAAAAUUAUCAUACGAUCGUGCAUCCCGGGACUAUCCAAAAUUAAUCGAGCACAGCGUUUUUGAAGUUUAAACAAUUCGUCUAAGUUGGUUUGGCUACGGUUGCUCCAAACAGUACAGCAAUAAGUAAAGAGUGGUUUGAUACUUACAUUGUAGAGAAGCAAUCGAUAUUUGACUGGUAUGUAUUUCCGAGCUCUUGCUAAAAUUGCAAUUCCUUGAAGUAGUUUUGGGUACAGUGUGUCAAUGUGUUCAUUCCAGGUGAUAUGACUAUCAAAAUAUACUCCUAAGAUACGUUCUGACUCAACCUUAGUGAGUUGCAUGCUGUCAAUUGAAAGGUCAAGAGAUUGUUUUGCUGAAUUUACAAUUUUUUGUCUGGUUGAGAUUAUACUGUACUUUGUCUUUGCUGGAUGCAUUUUCAUUCUGUUUGGAUGCAUUUUCGUUUUUGUCUAUCUAUCUAUCAAAAUAUACCUGUACAUCGCUGAAGCAAAUGAUUGCAGGGUUGUCAUUAAGUUUUAAAGCAGCCGCCAUAGCAAAUCAAGAAUCACCCGUAGCAUCUCACAUAAAAUUUAUAGUGUUUAUUUAGCUUUCCACUCUGAUCACCCAUAACAUCAAGUGAGCUCAGCUGAACUGGUGUUAUGGGUUACAGCCCUUAAUGACAGCUCUGGACUGUCCUAUAUUAAUGCAAUUUGUUGUUUUAUUUCAGCUUACUCCUCCUCACUGUUAUUCCAUGAAGAAACAGGAGUUAUUAGUUUCUUAAGAAAAACAGUUGCUCUUGAUGAGGUAAUAACUUUUGCUGUUAAAAAAGAUAGCUUUCUCAAGGCUUGAAAUAAUUUCCAGAGAGUCUCCGGACGCGAUGACCAGCCAAAUUCAUUUUAGCUCAGUCAUGUACCUUGUAUUGUUUCUAGCUGGUCAAAUUUAUAAGAUAAGUAACUGUUAAAACAGGGGCCCAUGAACUAAAACUGGAGUUAUAUAUAACCAAAAAAGUCAUUGCUUAGAGCUUAUAGCACUUUAAAGCACUCAUUCUCAACGAUGAAAAUAAAUCAUCAUGUGUGGUUCCAGAAAAUAUCCAUACCACCCCCACGGAAGGGAUCGGAUUUUCCAGGUGGGAAGGGGGGGGGCGGUCAAUUUGCCUAAUUUUCCAGUAGGGAGGGGGGUCACCAUAGGGAACUGAGGGUUCUCGUGACGCGUAAGAGAGUAACAAAGAAAAAACACAAAAAUUUACCACAACAAAUUAUUUACGAAGAUUUAAAACAUGAUGAAAGUUAAAGAGCUACUAAACCUAAGGAUUAAUGGACAUAGCGAACAUAUUUUGUCAGUUCCUUGGCGUGACCUAGCUUGCAAAUUUUUGCUAGUGUGCUCAAUCCCAUAUCUCCUUUAUCGGCCACUUUUGACACCGCCGAUCAAAAUUCACGACUCAGUAGGCUCAACUCUAAGUAUGCAAACCAUUACACCCCACACUUUUUAGAGGAGCUACAGGUGAGGGACCCUCCUGAGAUAUUUUCUACCAGGGACAAAUGAUUUGUGAAAAGAAAUGGUGGGUAAACAAGUAUGGUUACAGGAGAUGAAAAUGUCACAAAACCAGUCCAGUUAAUCCAUUUGGUGGUCCAUUGUUAAAAUUUGGCCUGUCAUUUGGCCAUUGGUAGGCUGCUAUCUUGAGCCUUGAUCUGCUGCAAAUACUAUGAAUGAAAUGAUUGAUGAAUGUUUAAAUGAUGUGUUGUAAUUUACAAGACAUAGUGUUUGAAAGUUCUUAAGUGGUGCACUUAUGUGAAAAGUUGGGCAUGCAUGAGUUGUCCAGAAUUGAUGUUCUAUCUUUAUUUUCAAUAUAGUUUAUAGAUGCCAAAGUGGAACUUUUGAAGUUUUUGAAAACCUUUGUGAAUAAGCUUGAAAAGAAAGUAAAUCCUUAUGCACUUAACAUUAAGGUAGGUCCAACGUUUUUGCUAUCUUUUGAAUAAAUUUGUUAUAACCUUUAUUCAAAGUAUUUCUCUGUUUAUUGGCAUAAAUCCCGUGGCUAAUUUUUCAUAACUGGCUACCAUUGAUCAAAUUUGACAUUUACUGAUAUCAGUACAAUAUUAAUACCAACUAGACCAAUAAUCAGCAGAAAAAGAGAGAGGACUAGGCAUGGUAGCUCAGUCCUUUUGAGCUGGCAAGAAAGUGGCGGAAGAUUUCUUAUGUUUUUAAAGAAGAAGUAGCGGAACUAGUGUUUAAAAAACAUAGCAAGAAAACAAAAAUAUGGCUUGAUGGAUGAUAAUUGGCAUUUAAACAUCUCUUUGAAUGUCUAAACCACCCAAUAACCAGCAAAUACUUUGAAGACAGGAAAGUUAUAUAGAUCGAGGUUAGCAUGUUGUGAAAAUGUAAGUAUUUCCAAUAAAUAUUGAGUAAAAAUUGAUAGGUUCAGCUCUUGUAUGAUAUUAGGAAUUAUGAAGAUCUCUGAGGAUCACAUUCUUUGGUCUCAGCAGAUGAUACCAUCCUCAGUCAAAUUAACAUUAUUUUACUGGAGGGUUAACUCCACCAGUAAUUAUUUUAUUUUUUACACUCAUUGCUAAUAAAGGUCAUUGGGUACUGGUAAUAAUUGGCCUGGAAAAUUUUUUUCAGAAGAGAGUAUCUACCUAAUUUUGUGUAUUGACAAAUUUUCAGCGUAGUUUAUUGUGUAUUGCCAAGCAAAUUACGGACUAAUUGUUUUGUGGCAGAAUAAUUAUAUGAACGCUGUAUAAAUGACCAAUUCACGAAAAUGACAUAACAAAGCUUCAUAAUAUUAAAACUUGCAGCAAAGGCUGCAAAAGUCUGAAAUAACUCUGGCUUUUGUAAGUACUUCUUAUGAUUGUUGUCCUAAAGAAACUGAAAUUACAUGAUUGUAUUAUUAAUAUGUGUAUUAAUAACUUAUCAUUAACUUUUUUGUAUUAAAAAUACCAUUAACUUUUAGUUUCUUAUUGACCCCAUCUGCUUACAGUGUGGUUUUAACAUUCAUCGUUUUUAAAUAAAGGCUAUCUUUCUUAAGUAAUAAUGCAUUUUAUACAAAGUUACCAUUUGUAACAGGACGCUUUAUUUGUUUCAUUAGGACGUAUGUGUAAAAUUGUUUUCUCAAGAUCGCAGCAACAAAGUAAAAGUGGAAACUUUCCCACUUCUCGCUCAGGUAUGUAUGCCUAAGUUAUAGAGAUUUUUCAUAUUAAACACUGGUUUUCAAUCAGUGUUGUCAGAAGAGAAACCUUUGUUAAAUAAAUUUUUGUUUUAAAAUAAGGCAUAUAAACCAUCUUAAUAUUUACGCGGCAUGACUUAGUCAGCCAGCGUCUUAAAUUCGGGAGCGCAUUCCUGUCGUAUUCUUGGGAGUCAAAAACUGCCUUUUUUUUAACUUUCCCGUAUCCCGAGCCCGUCCCGAAAAAAAUGUGUGAUUUUUAUUGGCUGCAUUUUCGAAUCAUGUGCAAGUCGGGUUGGAUUGCACAAGCAGACUAAAGAUACUGCGUCGGCAAAGAAGGUGAGCUUUUACAGUCAAAAGCUAGAAUGUCUAGAAUUUAUUAUUUACGAAGUCGUAGCUCGCUCGGUCGCUUCGCGGCCUAAAAAGAACGCUCCACUGGCGAAGAAACUCUUGAGGUCGACUUGUAUGUAGCAAUAAUUAUGUAGCAUGUCUAUCAAAAAGCUUUAAGAAAAUAUUGUUAAAUCGGGCAGCGGGCACGCGUUGAUCUUCAAAGGUCGUUUCACGUAAGGUAACUUUACAAGGUAAGGUAACUUUACACGGCAUUUCCUUCAGGUAUACAUUUACAUUCAAGUAUAGAAACUAAUCUAAAAUCUGAGAUAAAAACUAAAAUAAUAAAGAUGAAAAGAAAACACCUGCUUUUCAAGGAGGCCGUGUGGAAAAACAGAAUAUAGCUGAGUAAAUUAUUUGUCAAUUGAAAUUUAUGUCUCUUAAUUUUCCCUUAAAUAUACCCGGGGAUGUCAAUUGCCGCACCUCUAGAG